CCCGUUUCAUUUUACACAGCGACACGAAGAGAAGAAAAAGAGUGAGUGUAUGUGAGUGUAUAAAAAGAGACAGAACCAGCGUGAGAGAGACAGACAGAGCGGUAUUAACGGAUUCUUUAUAACGCCGUGCGGCUUCUCAUUGCUUCAGUUUCAUCUUCUACAAUAUUUACGAGUGAAGUCAGAUCGGAUACUGAUACCAACAUGAGAUUGCUGGGGCUGUUCCUGCUGGUGGUCGGCUGUGUGUACGCCGACGAUGACGACAGGAAGGAAAAUGUCGGCACUGUAGUGGGCAUCGACCUUGGCACCACGUACUCCUGCGUUGGAGUGUUCAAGAACGGCCGUGUUGAGAUCAUCGCCAAUGACCAGGGUAACCGCAUCACUCCAUCCUACGUGGCCUUCACCAGAGAGGGUGAGCGUCUGAUUGGAGACGCCGCCAAGAACCAGCUCACCUCCAACCCCGAAAACACGGUCUUCGACGCCAAGAGGCUGAUCGGUCGUACAUGGAGCGACUCCUCUGUUCAACAGGACAUCAGAUAUCUGCCUUUCAAGGUUAUUGAGAAGAAGACCAAGCCCCAUAUUCAGGUCGAGGUUGGAGCUGGUCAGUUGAAGACCUUCGCUCCUGAGGAGAUCUCAGCCAUGGUGCUUACUAAGAUGAAGGAAACUGCAGAGGCUUACCUGGGAAAGACGGUUACACAUGCUGUGGUCACCGUCCCUGCCUACUUCAAUGAUGCUCAGCGCCAGGCCACCAAGGAUGCCGGUACUAUCGCUGGUCUGAACGUCAUGAGAAUCAUCAAUGAGCCAACUGCCGCUGCCAUCGCCUACGGUCUGGACAAGAAGGACGGUGAGAAGAACAUCCUGGUAUUUGAUCUCGGUGGCGGUACCUUCGACGUGUCCCUGCUGACCAUCGAUAACGGAGUCUUCGAAGUGGUGGCUACCAACGGAGACACUCACCUCGGCGGUGAAGACUUUGACCAGCGCGUCAUGGAUCACUUCAUCAAGCUGUACAAGAAGAAGACCGGAAAGGACGUGCGCAAGGACAGUCGCGCUGUACAGAAGCUGCGCCGUGAGGUCGAGAAGGCCAAGAGAGCCCUGUCCUCUCAGCACCAGGCCCGCAUCGAGAUCGAGUCCUUCUUCGAGGGUGAGGACUUCUCUGAGACCCUGACUCGUGCCAAGUUUGAGGAGCUCAACAUGGAUCUGUUCCGCUCCACCAUGAAACCCGUGCAGAAAGUCCUGGAAGACGCUGACCUGAAGAAGUCUGACAUCCAUGAGAUUGUCCUUGUGGGCGGCUCCACCCGUAUCCCCAAGAUCCAGCAGCUGGUGAAGGAGUUCUUCAAUGGCAAAGAGCCAUCCAGAGGCAUCAACCCUGACGAGGCUGUGGCUUACGGAGCUGCUGUGCAGGCUGGAGUGCUGUCUGGAGAGGAAGAUACAGGAAACAUUGUGCUUUUGGACGUGUGCCCUCUGACUCUUGGUAUUGAGACUGUUGGAGGUGUGAUGACAAAACUCAUCCCUAGGAAUACUGUCGUGCCCACCAAGAAGUCUCAGAUCUUCUCUACAGCUUCUGACAACCAGCCAACUGUCACCAUCAAAGUUUAUGAAGGUGAGCGUCCUCUGACCAAAGACAACCACCUCCUGGGCACCUUUGACCUAACAGGCAUCCCUCCAGCACCCCGUGGUGUUCCUCAGAUCGAAGUCACGUUUGAAAUCGAUGUCAACGGCAUCCUAAGGGUCACAGCUGAAGAUAAGGGCACGGGCAACAAGAACAAGAUCACCAUCACCAACGACCAGAACCGGUUGACACCUGAAGACAUCGAGCGCAUGGUGAACGACGCCGAACGCUUCGCCGAUGAAGACAAGAAGCUGAAAGAGCGCAUCGACGCCCGCAACGAGCUCGAGAGCUACGCCUACUCGCUCAAGAACCAGGUGGGAGACAAGGAGAAGUUGGGAGGUAAGCUGUCCCCUGACGACAAGGAGACCAUUGAAAAAGCUGUGGAGGAAAAGAUCGAGUGGCUCGAGUCCCACCAGGACGCCGACCUUGAAGACUUCCAGGCCAAGAAGAAGGAGCUGGAAGAAGUUGUCCAGCCGAUCAUCAGCAAGCUGUACGGUAGCGCAGGCGGUCCACCACCAGAAGAGGGCGGCGAUGACGAGAAGGACGAGUUGUAGGUUGCUGCGUGAUUCCAUUUUGAAGCUGUUUUUUUUUUUUUUUUUUUUUCUCUUUUCCCUUUUGGCCCUCCUGAUAUGCCCUUGCCCUCUCUGGAUAAAAAAAGGGGACAGAUGUACAUAGUUGCUGGAUUUGAUGGACAAUUGUGAGGGAAGGUAUAAAGGGGUGGGGCAACCAUAAAACCACGAUUUACUUCUGGAAAAGACUUGGAGCAUUUAGAGAGCGUGAGAUGUUGCUCUUCACCGAGGUGGAGAUUUAGUCAGCCUGGACUGAGGCUUGCUGCUGUUCUCAGGCAGUUGGAGAGGAGUUCUGUGGAUUAGGGUGUGAUUUGGGGUGGGGGGUGGGCGGGGUUAGACUUUAGUGGGUGUGUUGGGUCUUGGGCAAACAUCAUUGUUCACAAACUCAAGUUAUUUAUUUAAAUCUGGCAAAUGUAGAGUACGUUUCUACUGCAACCUCAUGGGAAUAAACGUUUGAUACAAAACUA